CCGAGCUCUAGUAAUCGAAUUCUUAGCGAUUCGCAUUCAUGAUAGAGCAAAUGUCUCCAACUCUUUUGGAACGUUGUAAUUCGGAAGAUCAGUUGUUCCGGUUGCGACAUCAGAUAGAUACCGAGGCUAAUCGUCUCAGCUACAAAGGUAUCGAGAGCUCCGCAGAUGCAACAUCAUGUCUUCAUCACCACCCUUCUAAUACGUAUUUCAAUGCCUACCCAAAUCCUGAUCGUUGGCGCUGGCGCUAUUGGAGCCUUCUACGCGUCCCGACUGGCCCAAGUCCCUGAUGUCCUUGUCUCCGUCAUAUGUCGCUCGAACUAUAGCGCGGUGAAAGCCCACGGCUUCAAAGUCACUUCCCCGCAGUACGGCGAUUACACAUACAUUCCUUCGAACACAUUCGCGAACCCCGAUGAGGCACGGAGCAGCGGGAUACAAUGGGAUUAUAUCGUCGUGAGCACGAAGGCGCUUCCCGAUGUGAGCGAUGAUUCGGCAAUACUUGAGGGCUUGGUAUCAGAUAGGACAGCCAUUGUGCUGAUACAGAAUGGGCUAGGCGUAGAGGUUCCCUACGCAAAGCGCUUCCCUACUGCUGCAAUAUGUAGCAGCGUUACUAUCGCCAGCUGCGCGCAGCCCAGCCACGGAAACAUCAAACACAACCGCUGGACACGCAUCAAUUGCGGACCAUACCUCCCACAUCUUGACACUGGGAGCGCGAAAGCAUCGGAUGCCCGGGUAGUAGAACAAAACCGUGCAUUUAUUGCGCUGUUAAAAGAAGGCGGCAUCAAAGACGCAGAAGCCUACGACCACGCCAAACUCCAGCUCGUCCGUUGGCACAAAAUCGCCAUCAACGCUUCCAUGAACCCCUCCUCCGUCCUCAUCGGCUGCGUCUCCAACAACGCGAUGUCACUGGACUCCGAAGUCUCCAUCCACCUCAAAGGCGUCAUGGAAGAAGUGCUCUCUACCGCUCCAAAGAUCCUGGGAAAACCGUUCCCGAAGGAAUUCGCAACGCCGGAGCAGAUCUUGAGGAGCACACAGAGGAAUACGAGUGGAAGCAAGCCCAGUAUGGCGCUAGACUGGGAGCAGGGGAAGACUAUGGAGUUGGAGGUUAUACUGGGGAAUCCAAUUAGGAUUGCGAGGGAGAGGGGGUUUGAAAUGCCGAGGAUGCAGACGUUGUAUGCGCUUUUGAGGAUGGCGCAGGAGACGAGACAAAAGGCAAAGAAUAAGAGCAAAAUAUAAAGCCCCUUCUCUACGCCGGAUAAGAUCCGCUUGAUAACGCCGAGUCUGUUGUCAUUGAAGCGCCGCCUCCAUUAGUCCCCUGCAUUUCGGACAAUCGAUUGACCGGCUCCGAAGCAUGAGCACUCCGGGCUUCUUCGUCAACACCUGCUUCCUCGAGUUCAGAAUCGGUUAGCGUGGCUGCUUCGUGCGAUGGC